AUGGGAUGUUUUUCUCAGCUGUUUUUCUUCACAUUUUUGGGGGCCACAGAGACCAUCCUCCUUGCAGUAAUGUCCUUUGAUCGCUUUUUGGCAGUGUGCUACCCUUUACGUUACACAAGCAUAAUGAGUCAUAAAGUUUCCUUCAAUUUAGCUGCUUCUUCAUGGGUGCUAGGCUUCUUGACCACUUCAUUUCCCAUUAUCAAAAUAUCAGAGUUACAUUUCUGCAAUUCAAAUGUCAUUAAUCAUUUCUUCUGUGAAUCUGCACCCUUGUUAAAGCUCUCCUGUUCUGAUCCAUAUUUUAAAGAGUUAAAUGUCAUAGUCUGUGCUUCAUCAGUCAUUUUAAGCUCUGUUCUUUUAACUAUGACAUCCUAUGGAUAUAUUUUGCAAACUAUAUUAAGAAUUCCUUCUGUCACCGGGAAACAAAAGGCUGCUUCUACCUGUGCCUCACAUCUUUUAGUGGUCACCAAAUUUUAUUCAACUAUGUUUGCUAUGUACAUAAAACCUACAGCUAGUGAAGGAUCCCUCAAUAAAAUAAUGGCACUUUUUUAUGCCGUAUUUACUCCUCUUGUGAAUCCAUUCAUCUACAGCUUACGGAACAAAGAAGUUAAAGAAGCUGUUUUUUCACUUUUCAAAAAGAAAAGCAUUUUGAAGCUUUGGAAACUUUAG